GGGGUACGCCAUCAUGUCCACUGCGCAUGCUCAAAGCGCAGUGGAAGCCAUGUUGGAGCUACAUUGGACUCGGGCUGGGAUUUUCUGACGCCGUAUGUUGUUGUUUUUUUUUUUUAUUCUCACACUGAAACAUCUGUUCUCGUUUUUGUUUUCACCUGUCGGGGUUUCGUCUAACUGACCCCAGUGCGCGGAUCGGCGCCGUAAACAUCGGCCUUGAGGCGGACAAUGAUGAACUCCAGUGUCGACCUGUCCCGGAGGAAUCCGCAGGAGGACUUCGAGCUGAUCCAGCGGAUCGGAAGCGGCACGUACGGGGAUGUGUACAAGGCUCGUAACGUAAACACGGGAGAGCUGGCUGCUAUCAAAGUCAUCAAACUGGAACCCGGUGAGGACUUUGCUGUCGUCCAGCAGGAGAUUAUAAUGAUGAAGGACUGUAAACACUCCAACAUCGUAGCCUAUUUUGGCAGUUAUCUCCGGAGAGAUAAGUUAUGGAUCAGUAUGGAGUACUGCGGUGGAGGCUCUCUGCAGGAUAUCUAUCACGUAACCGGGCCUUUGUCAGAGUCACAGAUAGCCUACAUGUCACGGGAGACCCUGCAGGGUUUGUAUUACCUACACAAUAAAGGCAAAAUGCACAGAGACAUCAAGGGAGCCAACAUCCUCCUGACAGACAACGGCUACGUCAAACUAGCCGACUUUGGUGUAUCGGCCCAGAUCACAGCAACUCUAGCCAAGAGGAAGUCGUUCAUUGGAACUCCUUACUGGAUGGCUCCAGAAGUAGCAGCAGUGGAGAGAAAAGGAGGUUACAACCAGCUGUGUGAUAUCUGGGCUGUGGGCAUUACUGCAAUAGAGUUGGCUGAACUGCAGCCACCCAUGUUUGAGCUGCACCCCAUGAGGGCUCUCUUCUUAAUGACCAAGAGUAAUUUCCAGCCUCCAAAGUUGAAAGAUAAACUCAAGUGGACAAACAACUUCCACCAUUUUGUCAAACUGGCCCUGACCAAGAAUCCAAAGAAGAGGCCCACAGCUGAGAAACUGCUGCAGCACCCCUUUGUGUCCCAGCCUCUCAGCAGGACGCUGGCAAUAGAGCUGCUGGACAAAGCCAACAACCCCGACCACAGCACCUACAACGACUUCGAUGACGACGACCCCGAACCAGAGUCUCCGGUCUCUGUUCCUCAUCGUAUUCGUUCCACCAGCAGGAGCGCCAGAGAGGGGAAGACGCUGUCAGAGAUCAACUUCGGUCAGGUGAAGUUUGAUCCUCCGUUGCGAAAGGAGACAGAACCUCAUCAUGAACCGUGUGAUUCUGAGCCCUAUCUGGACUGUGUUGAGGAGCUCUACUAUACCGCGAGAUCUAAUCUGGACUUGCAGUUGGAGUACGGGCACGAUUCGCCAAGUCUACUGGGAGGAAACAAGAGUCUUCUCAAAUCUGUGGAGGAGGAGCUACAUCAGAGGGGCCAUGUGGCACACUUAGGGGAUGAUGAGGAUGAGGAUGAUGAUGGUGCAGAUGAUGAUGAAACUCACACUCAUAAAUCAAGCACUAUCAUGAGGCCAAAGGUCCCACCUCCGCUUCCUCCCAAGCCCAAGUCCAUCUGCUCGUCCCAACAGCCGCAGCAUCAACAACUAAAGCACGACGACAGCCAAUCACACAGCGAGGACGACGGCGGAGGGGGAGGCACCAUCAAACGCUGUCCAGCCCCACAGGCGCCGAGCCCCGCCAAGGCCGCCUCCAACGUCCCCCCGCGGCCCCCGCCCCCGAAGCUGCCGCCCCACCGCCGCAGUAGCCUAGGUAACGAGAGCCCCAAGCGCACGGACGUCGAAAACUCUGCCCCAGAGGAUGAUGGGAGCUUUAGGCAUUUCUGGGAGUGGCUCCACACGCCUCACACAGAGGAGGAGCUGGAGGAGGCGUGGGAGGUGCUGAAGGAGGUGAAAGAGGAGCAGGAAAAAGAGGAGGAGAAGGAAGCGAGUAAUGGGCUGAACUCUCCACACAGUGGAGACAGGGACAGUCCAGCAGAGCGGCAGUCCACUAUGCCCCCUAGUGUCCCCAUACGGAAAGACAAGAAGGAUGUUCCGAAGCCAAUCAGUAACGGCCUUCCCCCGACACCCAAAGUCCAUAUGGGUGCGUGCUUCUCCAAGGUGUUCAACGGCUGUCCUCUGAAGAUCCACUGUGCCACUUCAUGGAUCAAUCCCGACACCAGAGACCAGUAUUUGAUAUUCGGAGCUGAAGAGGGGAUCUACACAUUAAAUCUUAACGAGCUGCACGAGACCUCGAUGGAACAGCUCUUUCCUCGGCGGUGUACCUGGCUAUACGUCAUGAACAACUGUCUUCUCUCCAUAUCUGGAAAAGCGUCUCAGCUGUACUCCCAUAGUCUGAGCGGUCUGUUCGAACAGGCCAGACAGUUACAGAAGUUACCAGUAGCCAUUCCCACACACAAGCUGCCUGAUAAGAUGAUUCCCAGGAAGUUUGCUGUGUCCAAUAAAAUUCCAGAUACUAAAGGUUGCCAAAAGUGCUGCGUAGUUCGAAACCCGUACACAGGCCAUAAGUACCUGUGUGGAGCCUUUCAGUCCAGUGUCAUGCUGUUGGAGUGGGUGGAGUCCAUGCAGAAGUUCAUGCUCAUCAAGAACAUCGACUUCCCGUUACCCUGCCCGUUGGAGGUCUUUGAGAUGUUGGUGGUCCCGGAGCAGACCUACCCUCUGAUCUGCGUGGCGGUCAGUAAAGGCACCGAACUCAACCAGGUGGUCCGGUUUGGCACCGUCAACCCAAACUCGACCUGCUCCUGGUUCACAGAAGCAGACACACCGCAGACAUGCGUGAUCCAUGUCACUCAGCUAGAGAGAGACACUAUCCUCGUCUGCCUCGAUAGGUGUAUAAAGAUAGUAAACCUCCAGGGAAGGUUGAAAUCCAGCAGGAAGUUGUCAGCCGAGCUCACCUUCAACUUCCAGAUCGAAUCCACAGUUUGUCUCCAAGACAGUGUGCUGGCCUUCUGGAGGCACGGCAUGCAGGGACGGAGUUUCAAGACCAAUGAGAUCACCCAGGAGAUCUCUGACAGCACACGCAUCUUCAGACUACUGGGAUCAGACAGACGUGCCGACUGUAGAGAUCCAGAGGCCGAGGACCGAGGCCUUGCUCUGCGCAGGGUGGUGGUGCUGGAGAGCAGGCCUACGGACAACCCUACAGCCCACAGCAACCUCUACAUCCUGGCAGGCCACGAAAACAGCUACUGAGACACAUGCACACCAACACACACAUGCACAUAAACACACUUCUCUUAAACAGCCCUACCACUAAUGCAAACAAGGGAGUGAGCAAACCCCGGGAGACACACUCACGUAGCCCAACCCCACCGCUAUAUACCACCCACCCACCCAACUUCCCACCGGCUGAGUAACUGGGAGAUGAGCCGUUCGUGGGCGCAGAUGUGGAUGUCCCAGUUGCAGGCAUUUAAAAAAAAAAAAUGCACCGCAGUGUUAGAUGUGUAUUAGUUAGGCGUGUCGCAGUAGGGCAGCGGGGGGUCGCUGUGGGGACGUUUCUGAGCAGAGCGAGCUUAAACAUCGUCGGUUCGAGACCAGUUUGGCUUCCGAUCGCUUCUCUGCACCUUUUUACAACUUCAACCCAGAAUGCCGCCUCCCUCCCUCCCACCUUCUCCCCCCCCCCGUCUGCAUACCGCACACUGGGAACAGCAUCCAGCACAGAAGUCUGACUUCAACACUACUUCUACUACUAGUUCUACACAUACUACUACUACUGCUACUGCUACUCGCGCUAAAGCUUCACAGAAGAGCCAUCUUGCACAGAAAACCUUCCUCUCCUUCAUCGUCCUUUCCUCCCUUUUUUUUUUUUUUUUUUUAACUACACCUUUAUUUAUUGUGGCAUGAUGUAACUUUAACCACCAGGAUGGCUUUCCUGUUUUUAUUUGUUUUUGUUUUUUUGUUUUUUUUUUAAGAAAAAAGGAUAAAAAAAAAGAGAAAACAGACUAAAACCGCUUUGCCACCUCUGCUAGCAUUGAAUCUCGAUACCCGUCACGACACCACACAAGUGCUUAAUUGACCUCUAUUUAAUUGUUGUAAAUAUAAAUGUAGUAUUUUUUUGACAGAGGCAAACACUAAAAAACAAAAAACAGACUGGUCAUGUAGAUAGGCGUGUGUGUAUAAUUGCUGUGGAGACAAACAGACGAGACAGAGAAAGGCGCGGAGGGUUGAUCAUGUGACCCGCGGCCUCCUCAGGCGGGACAGCUUUAGUAAUCGAUUACUCUAAUUAACAAUCUGAAAGCUCAGGAUUGGUCUGAGCGGACACAGGAAGCAGCACUGAUUGGUCAUUUUUUUUUAUUUUAAAUUUUUAUUUUGCAUGCAUCACCAUCCAAAACUUCCUGCUCGUUUGCACCAUAGCAACAGUUGUCAGGGCGACGGGCAGGCUCUGUUCAUUUAAGUUUGUUUCUCCUGUUUUUUUAAAAAUGAUUUUUUUUUAAUGCUGUUUUUUUAAUCAGAACGCUUUGUUUUGUUUUUCUUUAAUGCUGAUUUUUUAAAUUUUUUUUUUUUAUUGAACCACUGGUGUUAAAAUUUGCACAGAGAAAAAGGUAUUUGACAAACAAAUGUGAUGUCAUUAUAAUAUAUGACCUUGUGUGUAUGCACAGUGUAUGUGUGUGUGUGCGUGUGUGUGUGUGUGUGUGUAGACAUAGAUUAUGCACAUACAAGUGCAUCGUGUACAGCUCUGGUUCUUUAACAGGUGACGGUUUGUGCUCGUGGUGACUUGAAAACAGGGCGCCAACAGAUGUUAGAGUCACACAGAAGGAAAAAUUAAUUUCUAUUUAUGCCGCAGACCUGGAACAAACUGGUCAUCUUCCAUCAGUUCUAGCGUUAAAUUUCACUUCUGUGGAAUUGCACACGGGCAAUCUGUAUUUCACUACGAAUAAUCUAAUUGAAAGGCCCACACAUGCAGUCCUCCAAAGAGGAUAAAACAAACAUCACGAAUCAUUUUAAAACACAGCUUGAACACGAAGUUAUCAAGCUCACACUUGAUCAGAUAAAACUUAUUUUCCGGACAGUAAAAAGCCGAGCUUCUGUUCUACUAGCCUCCAAAACAGUGAGUAUUUUGACCUCAUGCUGGAGACGUGGAACACAACAAUUGUUUUGUUCGCAUUAAACAUCUCUGGAGUCUUGAAAGGUUGACCAAUCCGGACAAAAUAACGCGCUUAGUCUUUGUUAAAUGCUCGAGUUUUGUUGGAGUAUAUCCAGAUUACAGACAGAAAACUUCAGCAUAUGUUGAGCAAUGAAUGCUGGUAAAACAGAAGCUGGCAAAUAAAAAAUUUAUGUGCAAGUCCAUUCAAGUUUCAGUCAUCGAUGUGACAUCUGUACUAGAGAUCGCACUACAUGCAUGUAGAUGUGCACCGUGUGGCGUGUAGGAGAGGCUACAUGUGGCAGUACACUACCAGUCUUUACAAGCUGUGACGUUAGAGGUUGCUUCAGAGAACACUAGUUUAGCUGAACCUUAACAGAGACACUAUCGCUAAAGCAGAGAGCUUACAGAGCUGAAAGUUCAUGUUCUCUAUGUGGAAAUGUGGCUUUCAACCGAACAAACCAUCUACGAGAUGAACAAAGACUGCUGAAGAGUUGAGUUACUCCAUCAGAUCAAACAAAAAUCAUGUUUCUGCUGCCAUCUAGUGGUUUAUUUCCAAAGUGACCCAACUCUUUAAGGUUUAAAGAUUUAAUACGUCGUCGGUCUGUAACGACAAACUCCAACAACAAUUCGAAUAUUUUAAAAUGUGCAAACUUAUUCAUGGAUGAACAUUUCAGCUCUGCACGUCGCUGAAGGUGAAGGUGGCAGAAGGGACAUGUCGCCGUCUUCUGUUCCUCCGUGAGCUCUCGUCGCCUCUUUGUACGGUGGAAGUUGAUGAGUCAUAAUCUCAACACGGCGGCAUGUCCUUCCUCUCCGCAAACAUUCAGCGACAGGAAUCACACCGACCCCCCUUUACACACUAUCUCACUCUGUUUUCAAUGAUCCAGCUCCUGAUGUUUUACUGUUGUGGUAAAGCAGCUAAAACAAGAAUCUUCUUUAGUUUUAAGGCUUGAAUCCACAGUGAGGGUAUAAAUUAUGUCUACUUUUUAUCGCCUGUGCACACUUUAAUCGUAUAAAAUGCCCACGGUGUUGCUUUGCACCUGGAGAAAUAGAUAUGAAUUAGACAAGACACUAAGACACUAGACUUAAUUGCCAUCCUUCAUCAAACAGCCGGCGUUGAGCCGCUGUCGCACCUGGAAGGUCACAGUUUUUAUAUUUGAACCUGUUCUCUUCUCGACAAUUAAAAGCAAACAUUAGAAGGCGUUGUUUCGUCUUGCCUUGGAAGUGACUCACCAUGAUGAGCUGUUUAGCCACGGUCAUACAUGUGCUUCUAGCCAACACCCAUGAAUACAGACGUGUCAUAGUUUCAGGUUUUAUUCCCACAGAGUCGGAAAAAGAGUUCACCGAAUCACGUUUAUGCUCAUUUUAUUCGACAUGAUUGCUUUCUUGCCACUUAAUCGGUUAGAAUCACACUUAAAAUCACUUUACAUUAGGUGGAUGUCAAAGAACAUAUUUUACAUCUUUAAUGUAAUGCCAAACUUAGAUAGUCUACCUCGUGGUUUGUCCAAGAUAAUGUCUGAUUUGAAAGGUGACCAUCGACAAGGUUAUGUCCUCUGAGUCUUGUUAAAACGUCUUUGUCCUCGAGUCUAUGUAUGUAAAUGAACAAAAGUUUGAGAGAAAUCGACUCAAGUUACUAAAAAUUAUCACCUGAAGACAGCAAAUCUUCGUUUCCCUGACAUACUCCAUUUCUUUCCAUUUGUUUUGAAUUAUUUAAUCUCGUCCUGUAUCAUAGCUGCACAUCAAAAACUGUGGAUUAAUUUAAAAGCAGUCAUUAAAUCUUUUUUUUUUUGUCUGGUUCGUUGAGUUUUAAGUUCGCAGGAUAACAAAGUAAGUUUCUGUGGGAUUGAAUGACGCUUCGAUGGAGAUUUCUGCUGUCAUAGAUUCACGCUUAAUCUGUAAUCCCUUAAAGCAGGUGCCGACAUGGCCGUCUGCUGUGGGGUUUUGCUGAAUUAUUUAAAAAAUCCUGUUUUGUGUUUUUCUAUAACGUCAACUACUCCUGGGUCAAAAUAAAUCAAAUCAAAAUAAUUCAUAGGGAUUGAUUUAAGGUGACGCGAGCACCAGUUACGUGGACAGUCACCAAGAAGAAAACUAAACUGGCAUUAAGAUCAUCUCCACUUCUUCUAUCUGCUCUGAUGAGUUAUCGUUUGAUCCCAAGUCUCCUCUGUUCUGUCGCUAUUACAUCACCUUUUUGUCUUUUGUUUUCAUGAUGCAAUGCACACGUUAUGAAAUGUAUAUAGUGUAAAAUAAAAAUGGGUUUGUUUUACAUACUGUAUAAUUGCCUAUAUUUUGGUUCAGAAGUGUAACAGAUUUAUGAGAUGACAGGUUAACACAUUAAAAAGAAGGAACUCAAA